AUGGAGGAACUUUUGAAAAAUGAAACGGUCAAGAAAAAAAUUAAGGGGCUUUCCAUUGAAAUACGGAAAGCCUUCAUUGAAUCUCUACUUGACUUAUUUGAACAAGAGACAGAAGACAUGAUAGACGCUAUUGAAGAAAGCAGGAUGGAACUUCGGGGAACCAUGCUGGAUUUUGAAGACGAAACCGAACAACUGAGAGCCGAGUCUCGAAUGCUUGAACAACGACGAAUUGAAUACGAAAAGCAAGCGGUCGAUAAGUAUCUGGAAAAGAAAGGACGAAAAAGUCAAGCUUCCAGAGCCUCUUCUAGAAUUUCAAUCGUUAACGAAAGAGAUGAUGCUAGAAGUCGAGCAGCUGUGGUGGACUAUAUCCGGAAAAAGAAGGACAGGACCGGAAGUUCUCUCAGUGUUCACAGUAACCCGAGCAUACAUUCCCCUAACAAUGAACGUCCUGUUAGCGUUAUCAGUUCCAGAAGUUUACCCACACCCGUCAUGUCACAGAAAACCAUCGAAGAGGAGACUGAUUUGAUAAUGAAGAACAUGGCGGCUGCGGACCAUCAGAUGGAGUAUCAGAGACACCGUCACGCCGAGAUGUUAGAGAAGAGGCGACAGGAACGGGCAGUCAAAAAGAAGACCACAGAAGAGAAGGCCUUGGAAUUACUGGAGAAGGCCCUACUGGUGGACAAACAGUAAGUAUACAGAGAGAGCCUUAGAAUUACUGGAGAAAGCCCUACUGGUGGACAAACAGUAAGUAUACAGAGAAUGCCUUAGAAUUACUGGAGAAGGCCCUACUGGUGGACAAACAGUAAGUAUACAGAGAAGGCUUCAGAAUUACUGGAGAAGGCCCUACUGGUGGACAAACAGUAAGUAUACAGAGAAGGCUUCAGAAUUACUGGAGAA